UUGACAGUACAGAAGCAAGCACAAUUUAGCAUUAGAUGCCGCGGCGAAUAUGGGACUCGAGCUCUUCUUGUACCUGACCGCUGGCCUGUUGGGUCUCCGUAGCCUCUUGGUUUCAUCUGCCCCAAUCGACAAUGGUCCACAAAGCAUUUUCGUGCCUAGCGUAGGUAAGUUCUGGCACAUCUCAGAUCUGCAUUUGGACCCCACGUACCACGUCACAGAUGACCACACCAAGGUGUGCUUCUCCUCAAAGGGGCACCCAGCCUCCAACCCCGGAGAAUUUGGGGAUUUCAUGUGUGAUUCGCCUUACAACCUCAUUCUGUCAGCCUUUGAGUUCAUGAGGCAAGCAGACCCGACACCAGAGUUCAUCAUAUGGACAGGAGACAGUCCACCUCAUGUUCCGGCAAAGCAGCUGUCGACGGAUAUGGUGAUCAGCAUCAUCAGCAACAUGACUCACACCAUCAGGUCUUUCUUCCCGGAUCUCCCAGUAUACCCUGCCCUUGGAAACCAUGACUACUGGCCACAGGAUCAGUUUCCAGUAUCCACUAAUGAGAUUUACCAGGCAGCUGCCAGCCUCUGGGAGCCCUGGUUAAAACCGGAAGCCCUCCUGACACUUAGGAAUGGCGGGUUCUAUUCACAAGUUGUGGCGCCCAGCUUGCGGCUGGUUAGCCUGAACACAAACCUGUACUACAGUCCAAACAUGGAGACGGUGAACAUGACGGACCCGGCGGGCCAGUUUCAGUGGCUGGUGGACACUCUGGAAGCCUCUCGUCAGAGCCAGGAGAAGGUUUACAUCAUUGCUCACGUCCCCGUGGGUUACUUGCCCUAUGCGAUCAGGACCACUGCGAUCAGAGAGGUUUACAAUGAAAGGAUGGUGGAGAUCUUUCGCGCGUACAGCGAUGUGGUUGCAGGACAAUUUUACGGUCACACGCACAGAGACAGUAUAAUGGUCCUUUUGGAUCAUCAAGGCCAACCUGUUAACUCCUUAUUUGUCUCGCCGGCUGUUACUCCAAUCAAAGAUGCCUUGGAACCUUACUCAAACAACCCAGGCAUUCGGAUGUACUUGUACAGCACUCAGGAUUAUUCUAUGCUGGAUAUUUGGCAGUACUACUUGAAUCUCACAGAAGCCAACUUAGAGCAAAAACCAAGCUGGAAGCUUGAAUAUAUAAUGACUGAAGCUUUUGACAUUGAAGACAUUGAGCCACGGGCCCUGCACAAGCUGGCAUUGAGUUUUGAAAAACCUCAAAGCAAGACGUUUCAGAAAUACUUUAGUCAUUUCAUGGUGGGGUACAAUGACAGCAUUGUUUGUGAGGCAUUUUGUAAACUGAUUCAAGUCUGUGCUGUGCAGUUCUUGGACCAUGAGUCUUAUUCCAAGUGCAUCAAAAUAGGGAAUCAAGGCAAGUGGAAUGGACUCUGAGCCAGCUAACAAAAUUGGGGCACUAAUGGUGAUUUUGAGCUCCUGUCUGCAGAAUGAUUUGGGGAAAUAUGAUUUGGUGAAUAGAUUUGGUGAAAGAUAUUUUCAUAUAUUUUCUUAUUUACAAAUGGCAACAAAUCAAUCUAUUUUAAUACAGUAUAAAUACAAAAUAUAAAUAUAAAGGC